ACAUUUGAAUUGUAAAGCGCCGAUAAAGGCGCGUUUAUGCGCAAAUGCAAGGCCCGGUGAAAUCUGCCGAGUUUUAAAACAUAUACAAAGUAACUCUUAAUGUAACUGAGUUAAGUUACAGACGGAGAGAAAGUAACGAAGUUAAGUUAGAGUUACCACACAGAAGUAACCGUAGCUGUAACUUGGUUACAAGUAACGAGUCACUUCCCAGCCCUGGUUUCUCCUCUUCGAACGAAUUCAAGAAUCGAGCUGGCUCCGGCGGAGCCGCUCCGCUCCGGCGCGGCGGCGCGCGGCGUGCUUGUCGCGGCCUCGCGGGCGCGCGCAGAUGUCGGCUGUCAGUCGCCCGGCAGGAUCCGACGCGAGCGGAUGUGCGGCACGUGUCCGCGCGCUAACUGCUCCGGCUCUCGCGAGGCGCCGCGCCGGCGAGUCGAGCGUGCUGGGGGCCGCGCACGGGAAGUAUCGCGUAUAUCCCGAGCGCGUAUCGGGACUCGGGAUCUUCGGCAAUUCGUCGACUGGAUCGUCAUCUGGUCACGAAGCGCCAAUCGCAUGAAUCACCGUCCCAACCGGCCUCGAGAAUCUCAAAGGGUGGACAGCUGAUCUCCCUCUCCAGGAAGAGGCGGCGAGACGAAAGAUGUCCACGGCACUGCUCGCCCUGUUCGCCGUGAUCCUGUGCAUCCUGUUCAGGAUACUGAACGUGAACAGCGCGCCACAGCGACCCCUCCUCGUCUGCAAGGACCAGUCCUUCCUGUCGACGGUGCUCAAGAUCGCGCCGGCCAUCGCCGAGCCAUACAAGCCGACGAGGCUGUGGGGUUUCAGCGGCCAUGUACAAACUAUUGUCCACAGCGUUAUCGGACGUGUUCGAUGUCCUUGGCCCAUUGGCGAACGCGUGUAUAUCGGUCUUCCGGAUGGGACCACUCUUACGUACGAUCUUUAUCAACCGCUGACUAACGGGCACGAAGAUGACAUAACGAUAGCCGUCUGCCCUGGUAUCGGUAACAGCUCGGAGAGCGUGUAUAUAAGGACGUUCGUGCACUUCGUACAAUGUCACGGAUAUCGGUGCGCGGUACUUAAUCACGUCGGGGCCCUUUCCAGUGUCAAGAUCACGGCGCCAAGAAUAUUCUCUUACGGUCACACGGACGAUUACAACGCGAUGCUGCAACACCUGGUAGAACAGCACCCUAACACCAAAAUAAUUUGUAUCGGCUAUAGUCUGGGCGGUAAUUUAGUGACAAAAUAUUUAGGAGAACGCGGUUCCAAUAAAUUGCCUAAUAUUAUAGGAGGGAUAUCGAUCUGUCAAGGAUACAAUGCUUUCAAGGGAACGAAGAUUCUGUUAAAUUGGCAAAACUUUCGACGCUUUUACCUGUACGUAAUGACAGAAUCGAUGAAGAAUCUUAUUCUCAAGCACAAAAGUAUGCUUUUGUCCGAGGACGUGAAACAAAGGUGUAACUUGAAUGAGCGGGACAUAAUUUCUGCCGCGACGUUACCUGAGCUGGAUGAAGCUUAUACGAGGAGGGUACAUAACUUCAGGACUGUACAAGAGUUGUACAAUUGGAGCAGUUGUAUCUUUUAUUUAGACAAUAUUACAACACCGAUGGUAUUCAUCAACGCAUUAGACGAUCCUCUCGUACCAGAAGUGUUGUUAAAUCCAAUCAAAGAACACGCGGCAAAUCACUUAAACACAUUAUACGUGGAAAUAGCUCACGGAGGCCACCUAGGUUUUUACGAAGGCGGUUUUUUAUAUCCAAAUCCUAUAACAUGGCUGGAUCGAACCCUCGUGUCCCUCGUGGGAUCUCUGACACUAGCGCACGCGGACAAGGCUCUAAAAACUUCUUAACCCAAUUUAGUUUCGGUCAAUGUAUUUGUACUAUUGAACGUUGAUCGACAAUAUGUUACACGUACAUUCUGAACCUGUGAGAUCAAGCACUGUGCACAUGAUCCACGUUUAGAUAAUUGGAAUGAUCUAUAACGAGGCUUCAACAAGACUGCAAUGAAAAUGUAAAACUAAUAAGAAUAUUUGGUUCAUGCUUUGAUCGUCUCACGAAGUGAAAUAAAUGGGAUUUUUCGCAAACGCUACGGGGGAAAUAAGUGAUAAGCGCGAUUAUAAAAUAAACGUUUGCUCACUGACAUUUUCGAAAUUGAGCGUAGUUCCGGAACGCUAGCCAAAUUGCGCUACUCUUUAUAUGAAAUUAUAAUUAAUAGAAUUUUUAUUAUACAAUGUGGCACAAUCAAAAUUAGCUUAAUUAUUUGAGAGUAGAAAUGAAAUGGAUUUUCAAUAUUUUACUAAAUAUACUAACGCUUUUUUCUCAGGGAUCUUCUAUAGAGUGACGAUAUGAUGGCGAGACUUUCAGUCUUUAACAGGUUACUAGAACUGCUCACUGUACAAGCGUUUAAUCAUGCUACAGGUUGAAAGGCAAUAUGCAAUACAGAGUAUCUUGUAUACUUUCACCAAGGAAAAAGUUGUAUUUAUGUAUAAUAUGUGUAUGAAUAUAGGAUGCAUGUCGACUUAAAAAAGAAUAUUUAUAAGGAUAUCUGCGCAAAUGUGUCCAUUCUAAGAUUAUUAGCUUUAUCGAUAUGGAAAGUUGUCGCUGUUGUAUAUAUGUAAUAAACAAUGUACAUUAUUUAUUAAUCUGGAUUUGGUGAUGAUGUUAAAUUUGCAAGGAAAUUAACUCAAAUUUAGUGUCGAAUUUAAAAUGUAAAUCUGAAAUUAUGUUAUACACGAAAUUUUGUAAAUAACAUUUUUAGCUAAAACUAUAACAAAUCAUGAAGAAAUUAAGUUUGUGUAAAUAAUAAAUUUAACGUUAUUACUGCCGGAUUAAUGUAGAUAAUUAAUUUGCAUUGUGUAAAUUUAUUUAUAUAUCGAAUCGGAAAUAUCGUCGACAUCAAAAUUGUAUCCGCAUUCGAUAUUAUGUUAUAAGCGAUAUAUAUAUAUAUAUAUUAUUUAAUGCA